UGCGUCUGAGACACAAUAUGGUGGUCAAAGUUGUGUAAAUCGAAAUAAAAUAGUGGAUAGAGGGGAACUAAUAUUACUAAAAGCUUUUAAAAGCAAAUUAGGGUAUGAACAAAUGCAGAACAAUUCAUUUUUAAAUCAUAGUAUAUACAGGAGUUUAUAUCCGCCAAGUGGCGGGUAGCUUGCAAGUUGGGUUUAGUAGCCAGUAAAAACGCCAAGGUGGUAACAAACACCCUGGGUGCCUCACAUAGCCAACAACAACAUAUUGGUACUCUAAAGAAGCUUGGUAAAUUCAAAGCUUCAACCACCAAAAGAAUGAAAAAUAAAGGAACUGGGAAGGAAGAAGAAGAAGAAGAUGGAAUUGUAACAGAAAAUAAUGAUGAAGGUAAACCGGAAGCUGUAGAAUCUGUAGAUGCAUCACCUAUGACCAUUCCCACUCCAAGUGCUUCUAGUGAUGAUGCUUUUGCAAUGGAAAAAGAUCUACAUGACCACUGUCGCGCAGAGGGUUCCAUAACGUUUGAUGUAAAAAAUGUUAGCAAGAUUAAAGAUACAGUUUUAAGUGAUCCAGUGUUAAUCAGAAACCUACCUUGGCGAAUCAUGUUGAUGCCUCGAUUUAGUACGAAUCAGAGUGGUGAAAGGGUAAAAAGUGCAGGUAUAUUUGUGCAGUGUGAUCCAGAGGAGGGUUCAUCAUGGUCAUGUCAAGCACAUGCACGAAUUACUUUACGAAACCACAAAGGCGAUGAUUUUACAAGAAAAAUAACACAUGUGUUUUUUGGGAAAGAAAAUGACUGGGGUUAUAGUUCGUUUGUACCAUGGGCAGAUAUUAUUGACUCAAACAAAGGUUAUAACAAGAAUGAUUCCAUUUUCAUUGAAGCUUUUAUCCAGGCAGAAGCUCCACACGGUGUCUUCUGGGAUUCUAAGAAGUUGACUGGUUUUGUUGGCCUGAAAAACCAAGGUGCCACCUGCUACAUGAACUCACUAUUACAGACCCUAUAUUGUACUGAUCAGUUACGCAAGACUGUGUAUCAAAUGCCGACAGAAAACGACGAUCCUAAUAAAAGUGUGGCACUAGCAUUACAGAGAGUUUUUUAUGAACUACAACACAAUGAUAAGUCAGUGGCAACAAAAAAGCUGACCAGAUCUUUUGGGUGGGAAACGUUAGAUAGCUUUAUGCAACAUGAUGCACAGGAACUUUGUCGUGUGUUGUUAGACAACAUGGAAAUGAAAAUGAAAUCUACCGUUGUAGAGGGUACUAUACCACGGUUAUUAGAAGGAAAAAUGAACUCAUAUAUUCAAUGCUUAAAUGUUGACUACCGUUCAGCAAGGGAAGAACCAUUUUAUGAUAUUCAGUUGAACAUAAAAGGGAAAACUGAUGUUAUUGAUUCGUUCACAGAAUAUGUGAAAGCGGAGAUGCUGGAUGGUGACAACAAAUACGAUGCAGGAGAACAUGGCCUACAGGAUGCAAAGAAAGGAGUUAUAUUUCGUCGCUUCCCACCUGUUCUUCAUCUUCAUCUUCUUCGCUUUCAAUACGAUCCUGAAACAGACACGAACUACAAAAUUAACGACAGAUAUGCAUUUCCUGAACAGUUAGAUUUGACUAAAUUUCUCGACCCAUCGGCAAAACAAAACGAACCCGCUCCUAUAUUCACGCUACAUGCUGUACUGGUGCACAGUGGUGAUAACCACGGUGGCCAUUAUGUUGUUUACAUCAACCCAAAAGGUGAUGGGAAGUGGUAUAAAUUCGAUGAUGAUGUAGUGUCACAGGCAAGCAAAAAAGAAGCCAUUGAAAAUAAUUUUGGUGGUUUUGAGGAUGAAGUGGUGAUAAGACAUUGUACAAAUGCUUACAUGUUAUCAUACAUUCGUACUUCAGAAUUAAAAAAUAUUUUGUGUGGUGUGUCGAAAGAAGAUAUUCCGGAACAUUUAGAAACUAAAUUCACUGAAGAGAAAAGAUUAGAAGCGCAGCGAAGAAGAGAAAGAAGCGAAGCUCAUUUAUACAUGGAUGUUCAGGUGCUGACUGAAGAUGCUUUUUCUAUGUGGAAUGGCAACGACUUAUUCAAUCUGGAUGAUGUGAGAUCUGUCAAUUUUCGGAUGUUGAAGAGGGAAAAAUUAAAAGAUGCGACACGUAUAAUUGCAGAAACUUUAGGUUAUACAGCAUCUCAAUGUCGCUUGUGGCCUUUCCAAAAACGAGCAAACAAUACGACUCGUCCCGCGUUAGUCGAAUUGAGAAACGAAGAUAAACGCAGAUUUGAGAGCGUGGAUGAUAUCGAAUUAUAUUACGCCAACGAUCAGGAAACGUUGAUGUUAGCGUAUUUAGAGACACUUGAUGUUCAAUCCGGUCUAGAUAGUUUACCAGACUUUGACAGUAAAAAUGAGAUAAUUUUGUUUUUUAAAUAUUAUAACCCGAGGACUAAAGUGAUGUCGUACUGCGGUCAUGCGUACGUAGACUUAAAGUCGCAGCCAUGUUCGUUAUUUCCGAUGUUGUGUGAACGUGCAGGGUUACCGAAAGGUACAAAGUUGCUGUUUUUCGAGGAAAUAAAGGCAGGUCAGACGGAGAAAACAAAAACAGACAAAAAGUUUGAUGAGGUUGUACAAGAUCUAAUGGAUGGUGAUAUAAUUUGCUUUCAAGCAUAUGAUCCUAAUCUUGCUUUGUACGAAAUUCCAACGCCUGUGGAAUAUUUCAAAGAUUUAUUACAACAAGUCCAAGUGGUGUUUUGCGACAAAGCGAAUUCGAAUGACGUAGGCUUCACUGAAAUACUCAAUCUGAGGAUGACGUAUAAACAGCUUGCUGACGCUGCUGCUGCUUCUCUUGGAGUCGAUCCUAUGAAAAUACAAUUCUUUAAACCACAAAUAUAUCGUGACCAUCCGGGGAAUGCUAUCAAAUGCACUUAUGAAGGACAGCUGAAAGAUAUCUUGGCUGGUGGAAGAAGAGGAGCAAAAAAACUUUAUUACCAAAUACUUACUAUGCCUAUUAACAUACUGGAGAAUAAAAUUCAGUUCAAAUGCGCAUACAUCAACGCUGAAUUAAGGGAUGAGACCGAUCUUGUUAUUCCUGUAGACAAGCUAGGCACUGUAAAAAAUUUAUUAGACGAGGCUUUAAAAUUCGUUCAACCCGUGGACUCUUGUCAACUUCGCUUGGUAGAAAUCUCUUCGAAUAAAAUACAAAGAAUAGUACCGCCAGCCAGUAGUUUAGAUGCCCUGGUCACACAGCCGCAAAGAUCAUAUCGUCUAGAGGAAAUUCCAAGAGAAGAAUUACACGAAGAUAAAAAUUCAAUGCUGGUACCGGUUAUGCAUUUCCAGAAGGAAGCAUAUACCGCUUUUGGUGUUCCAUUUUAUUUAAAAAUUACAGAAGGUGAAACAGUGUUGUCAGUUCAAGAACGAGUUCGAAAGAGAUUAACUCUUCCAGAAAAAGAAUUCGAAAAGAUCAAGUUUUCACUUGUUCAUAUGGGAAAAGUAACUUACUUCCCCGAUGAUCCGAAUCGUCGUUUAACGUUAUCAGACUUUCAAAGUAACGCAACGCAACCUUAUUGGUUAGGGUUGGACCACGUGAACAAAGCACCAAAACGCACGCGAUAUGCAUACACAGAGAAAGCUAUCAAAAUCCAUAAUUAAUAAAUGCCCCGGCUGGAACCUUGUAUGCACCAACACUGAGUACGGCAAGUUGACAGUGGUGGUUUCAAAGAAUGACUUUUCUACAACAGCUAUAACGAAAAUGAUGGAUGCGAAUCCGUGAUAAAAUAGCACCUGCCAAAGUUACCCAAACAAUGGACGAUAUUAAAAAAAUGUGAAAAUUUUUUUACCUGUAAUGUAGAAUUUUUAAGGCGACAGAAAUUCCGCUGGUAGCCCAAAGAAAAUCUUGAAAUUCUUCCAUGUACAAAAAACAUAUUCUUUGAAAUUGUUACGUUAAAUACUUUUUUAAGGAAGAGCGUCAACAAGGAUUUUAUAAUAAAACAGAUUUUUUUUGUAGUAUAUCGAACGUUCUUUGUUCACUGUUCAAAAAAACUUUUAUAAAGUGUAUUGUGGAAAAUUAUUACUACAAAUAAAAGAAGUCAUUUUAAAA